UCACAGCCGCUACUCCAGAACCAGCACUGCAUGUGAAACUGCCUUCUGAAGAAACAAGUGAGGCCAAGACAAAAGAAAUACAGCAUUUCUGAAAAGCUCCAUUUCCAGGCAGAACUGUCUUAACACAGGCAACUCCAAGAUCCCCUUUUACAGAACACUGGAAAAUGUUCACCUCUAUCUAACACAGCACUUUGAUGGGCAGGAGUGUCUUAAGUAUCAUGCCUACCAGUCAUUUAUAAGAUGACUAUCACAAGCAAUCAAGACAGCAAUCAACCUGGCCCUUCUAACAGUUCACAUCCAGAUGAGUACAAAAUUGCAGCUCUGGUCUUCUACAGCUGCAUCUUCCUGAUUGGAUUGUUCGUUAACGUCACUGCAUUAUGGGUUUUCAGUUGUACCACCAAGAAAAGAACCACUGUAACCAUCUAUAUGAUGAAUGUGGCACUACUGGACUUGAUAUUUAUCAUGACUUUGCCCUUCCGAAUGUUUUACUAUGCAAAAGGUGAGUGGCCAUUUGGAGAGUACUUCUGCCACAUUCUUGGGGUUCUGGUAGUGUUUUAUCCAAGCAUUGCUCUAUGGCUUCUUGCUUUUAUUAGUGCUGACAGAUACAUGGCCAUAGUACAGCCCAAAUAUGCCAAAGAGCUCAAGAAGACAUGCAAAGCUGUGCUUGCCUGUGUGGGAAUCUGGACAAUGACCCUAAUGAUCAUGGUCCCUCUGCUACUACUCUAUGAAGACCCAGAUAAAGCUUCCUCCCCUGCCACCUGCCUGAAGAUUUCUGACAUCGUCCACUUCAAAGCUGUCAAUGUGCUGAACUUCACUCGACUGAUAUUUUUUUUCUUGGUUCCUCUGUUCAUCAUGAUUGGGUGCUAUGUGGUCAUUAUUCACAGUCUCCUGCGUGGAAGGACAUCUAAGCUGAAACCUAAGGUCAAGGAGAAGUCCAUAAGGAUCAUCAUCACACUCCUGGUGCAGGUGCUCAUCUGUUUCGUGCCCUUCCACAUCUGUUUUGCUUUCCUGAUGCUGGAUGGUGGAGAAAACAGUUACAACCCCUGGGGAGCCUUUACCACCUUCCUCAUGAACCUCAGCACAUGUCUAGAUGUGAUUCUUUACUACAUUGUUUCCAAACAAUUUCAAGCUAGAGUCAUUAGUGUCAUGUUAUACCGCAAUUACCUUCGGAGUGUGCGCAGAAAAAGUUUCCGAUCCAGUAGUUUACGAUCAUUGAGCAAUAUGACCAGUGAGAUGUUGUAGAGUAGAAAGCUGGUUUUCUCUAUCUCUUUAAAAUUCACUUUCCUAUUCCAGAUAGGUAUUACCAAGUCCCUUCUCUCAUUAAAACAACAAAAACUUUAAAACCUUUUACGGAUUAUUGUGGCAUGAUUACAUAUACUGAGCAUUCUAAUAUACUCAAUUUUAUUGUAAAACUUGUAUUAAACAUUUUCAUGAAUCAUUAGAAAAAAAACACUCAAACUUUGUUUCGUAGUCAAGCUUAUCUACUCAGAUAAUUGCGCUAACAUUUUGGAUUAAUUCUGUGUAAUGACUGAUAUGAGGGGGAAAAUUCAGCUACAGUUCAAAAUAAUCUGAUUACAUUAUUUCUACUUUGAUGCACCUCCUUUUUGUCUAGUUAACACUCAGGAUUUGAGGUUCAAAUUCACUAUUUUAUGUGAUAAACUUUCAGUAUUUUUACAAAAACACUUAUGUUCAACUCAUCACUGUUCAUUGCUAUAAAACAAGCAACAGAAAGGUCUAGAAAGGCCAUGCUACGGCCCUCCCCUACUAUGAAUUCAUUUUUUGUGAAAACAGAGUACAGUCACCCAACAAACAUUCCUUAGAAUUUAUUAUACACCAAACCUAACAGGAGACAAGCCUGAAAUCCUAUUUCUACCCAAUAGUCUAAUCUGUGACAAACAAGUGUAAUAUGUGGUGAAAUACCUUUCUCUAAUAUUGACACUUUGUUUUGUGUAGUUAAAAAGUACAUUACACAGAUUGUGUUCCAGAAUAUAUGUCAUAGUAUAAAUAGCAUUGUCCAGGGAUUUUAGGUUCUUAAGCUAGCCUGGCUUUUAAAUUUCUCCAUAAAGUAAAUUCUCUACUCUCUAAAAAAAAAAUCACAAAAACAGGAAAAGUUGUAAUAUGUAAAAGGAUUAUUUUAAAUAAUAUGAAAGUAAAAUAAAUAAUUCAACUACGGCUUA